AGACGCAGGCACGAUACGAGAUACCAGAACGGAUUACGGAUGAGGAUGAGGUAUCAUCGGUGAGCAACGAACAACGGUAUGCUCAGAGGUUUCCAAGAUGGCGAAGAAAACUCUGGCAGAGAAAGCGGCACAAAACGAAGAGACUGUUAAAGGCAACGACGAUCCAAUGAACGACGAUGAGGAGCCCAAUUUCAGCGAUCCCGAAGGUUUCGUAGAUGAUAUUACCGAUGAAGAAUUGCUUGGUGAUAUCUUGAAGCAGAAACCAUCGGAAACAGAUGGGGUAGAAUCUGUGAUUGUCGUGGAUAAUGUACCUCGAGUAGAACCUGAUAAAUUGGAGAAACUUCAGUCUGUUAUUAACAAAGUGCUAGGAAAAUUUGGUACAAUUGUCAACCAGCACUAUCCGAUGAAUGAAAACGACGGCAAGACUAAAGGAUACAUUUUUCUGGAAUACAACAAUCAUCUGAAUGCUCUGUCGGCGGUCAAAUCUACCAACAAUUACAAGAUCGACAAAUCGCAUACAUUUAAGGUCAAUCUUUUCACAGACUUCAAAAAAUAUGAGGAUAUCCCUGAAAACUGGGAACCACCGAAAGCUCAGCCUUUUAAAUCUGCUAGCGACUUGCACUACCAUCUGCUGGAACCGGAUGCUUACGAUCAAUUUUGUGUUCUUUGUGGCAAUGGGACGGGUGUAUCAGUGCAAAUCUGGCAAAACUCUGCACCAGAGCCUACUUUACUUGAAGAACGCAAUCGCUGGACAGAGACAUAUGUAAAAUGGUCGCCACUGGGCACGUAUCUAGCAACGUUUCACAAGCUGGGAGUCGCACUAUGGGGUGGGCCGCAAUUCACCCAGCAGGCCAGAUUCAGCCAGCGAGGCGUCGAGUGCAUUGAUUUUUCGCCCGGCGAACGUUAUCUGGUCACUUACACCCCGCGUACCGAUCUCGGACAAGACCAGAAGCGUUUGGUGAUCUGGGAUAUUCUGUCGGGCCAAGAGAAACGAUCCUUCUUUCCCGAUGGAUCUUCCGUCUGGCCGAUCUUUCGCUGGUCGCACGAUGAUAAAUAUUUAGCGCGCAUGGGAGAAGAUGUUCUUAGUGUUUACGAGACUCCAUCAUUUGGUCUCUUGGAUAAGAAGAGCAUCAAGAUACCAGGGAUCAGAGAUUUCAGUUGGUCUCCAACGGACAAUAUUCUCGCUUAUUGGGUUCCAGAGGACAAGGAUGUCCCGGCUAGAGUAACUUUGCUCGAAAUCCCCAAUCGUAAUGAAAUAAGAAAUAAGAAUCUGUUCAAUGUGGCCGACUGCAAGAUCUUUUGGCAAAAGUCUGGUGAUUAUCUGUGCGUAAAAGUUGAUCGCUUUGCCAAGCGCAAGGAAAAAACGGAACAAAAAUAUACGGGUAUGUCGUACAACUUUGAAAUCUUCCACAUGAGAGAGAAACAGAUUCCUGUAGAUAGCGUGGAAAUAAAGGAACCGAUUCAUGCUUUUGCGUGGGAGCCGAUCGGCAGCAAAUUUGCCAUCAUCCAUGGGGAAAUACCAAGCGUGAAUGUUAGUUUUUACGAAGUGCGAUACGGUCAUCAGCCUGCCCUUCUCAAGAGAUUAGAGAAGAAAGCUUGUAAUCACUUAUUUUGGUCGCCGUCGGGUCAGUUUAUCGUCCUAGCUGGCCUCACAACGAUGGCUGGCGCUUUGGAAUUUAUUGAUACCAACGAUUUUACCAUCAUGAACUCCACUGAUCAUUAUCAAACUUCAGACGUGGAAUGGGAUCCUACUGGCAGAUACGUCGUCACGGCAGUGUCCAGUUGGAAGACCAGCGUUGACAAUGGCUAUUGGAUAUGGACGUUCCAAGGCCGUAUUUUAAAGAGAGUUAAUUUGAACGCAUUUAACCAACUACUAUGGCGACCGCGGCCACCAACUCUUCUCACCGCAGAGCAGAUCAAGGAGAUCAAAAAGAACUUAAAGAAGUAUUCGGCGCAAUUCGAGAGCAAAGAUCGCAUGCGAUUGACACGCGCUUCAAAGGAAUUGAUUGAGAAGCGUUGUUUGUUGAUGAAGGCUUUUGAAGAAUAUCGUACGAAACGUAUUGAAGAAUGGAAUAAUCAGAAGAAACGUCGUCUUGAAUUACGUUGCAAUAUCGACACUGACGAGCUGGAUUCCGAUUCGAAAAAUGUAGAAGAGGAAGUCGUGGAAUUUUUCGUCAAAGAAGAAACAUUUGUGAUCGACGAUAAAUAAAAUUUCGCUGGAUAACUGUUAAUUACCGCGCGCUGAUUGCUGAUCUUGGAAAUCUCUACAAAACAGUGAUCGGUUUCCAUCUACAAAGUGUCGCAAUAUUAAUCGUCGUCGUUGUCACCAUCAUCAUCAAUAAUUGCAAUUGUAUCAUUGCAAUUAUCUUGAUCUGUGAACCAUGAGUGGGUUCAACAGACAAUCAUUCUUGUACUAUUACUACUGUAUCCGGAUUAAAGUCGCUUUCGCGUGUUCAACGUUACGCAAAAAGCGACGACACCGUAAUAAUAUUAAAUUCUAUCACAUCCCUUAUAGGAUAGCCAACGAGGAAAUAAUUGCGUUAUCAAAUUUACAGCUUGCUCUGUCUGUUAUUAACUUACAAAAAUAAAAUGCUAAUUUAUCCCCUGGAGACAAUUCAUUUUUUAAUCUUGUACAUAUAAAAUUUAGAUAAUAAAAAAUUCUAAGAUUCCAUCUAGAAUCGUUUAUCAGAGAUCAUCAGAUCACUUUAAUUUUCACAAAGGUUUUAUUACAUUAUAAUAAAGAAUUUUACAACUGGAGCUUUUAUAUAAAACAAUCUCUUAGAAUUUCAAACACUAUAUUACAUUGGUCAGAAAAUUUGUUCGGAUUUUUUGCAAUAAUUAAAAUUGCAAAAUUAAAUAUUAAAAUGUAGCUUUAAUUAAGAGAACGUAUAUAGCACUUUCUUACAUAAUUCCAAACUAUUUUCAUGAUAGCUGGAUUACUUCUGGCAUGUUUGGUCAUUCACAGCAUCACAUCUGUAUAUUACACAAAUCAUUUUUUGGACUUGCAUCACAUUUUUAUCUUUCUGAUAAUAAAAGUACAUGAGAGACGAAAACAAAGCUUCCUCUAUGAGGAAGCAAAAUGCACUUUUAAAUGUCCCAUUUAUAAAUUAAUACUGCUAAUAUUAUUCAAUAUGUACGAUUAUUUUAAAUAUCCUAUAAGAUGUCAUCUCAGAAUCGUAUUUAAGUUACGAAUGACGAUUAUAAAAUUUGCUUCAAGUUUAUUGGCAAAAUUUGAACGAGUUUUUCGACCAAUUCAAUAGAAACAGCAAAUUUCAAAGGACGAUAAAAUAAAAAAAGAAUAAAAGUUUGCAUGGACAAUCUUGUGUAAAUAAAAUAUGAAUUAAUUUGAACUUCAUAAGAAGCAUAUUAA